AUGUACCACAAUCCGGCAUUCGAUCCCAAGAACAAGAUGAACCCUAGCCAGCUGCAGAAUCACUUUGAUGCAUUUUACGAGGAUUUAUGGUAUUUAAUCGGAAAUGUCUACGCGCGAUUCAAGUACGAAGACUCUGCGCAAAAAGCCUGCGACGCGUUGAAUUCCCGUUGGUACGCUGCGAGACCCAUAUACUGCGAGCUGUCACCCGUGACAGAUUUUAGAGAAGCCUGCUGUCGGUUGAACAGUGGCGAAGGAUGCGUGCGUGGUGGAUUCUGCAAUUUCAUACACCGUAAAGAGCCCAGCGCAGAGCUAGAAAGAGAUUUGGAGCUGUCAACGAAGAAAUGGCUGAAGAUGAGAGGAAGGGAUGAACGGAGUGCCAGUCGCAGCCCAAGCCCGGAGCCGGGUAAAAGGAAACAUUGA